ACCUCAUCUAUCAACUCAUCAACCGUAGGUAUAUAGGAAAGGUGUCUUUGAUGGUAAUAGCAUUGAGAGCUCUAUAAUCAGUACAAACCCUCCAAGAUCCAUCUUUCUUUUCGACUAAGAUGAUUGGAAAAGAGAAAGGACUGGUACUGUGCUGCACAACUCCUUCUUGUAACAGACCUGCCACUAACUUCUCAAUUUCCUCCUUCUGACUGUGAGGGUAUCGAUAGGCUCUAACUUUAAUGGGUUGUGAAUCUUCUACCAAAGGAAUGGAGUGGUCAUGUGUCCGAGGAGGAGGUAAGGACACAGGAUUUCCAAACACCGCAGCAUAUGUAUGUAGCAACAGAACCAAUUCAAUUUCUAUAUCCUUAGGAAGUUCUAGCUCGAGAAGUUGCAGAGAAGUCGGUUCAAUGAGUUGCAUACUAAAAAUUUCUGCAAUGGAAUUGGUAUGGACAAGUCGUUUAAUAUGGUGGCAUUGCGUAGGAGUAGGCAAAAUUGUAUGAUCACCUUGUAAUGUGACAUACUUGUCAUUGUAUAAGAUCUUUAACUGUAAUGAAGAGUAAUCAACAAUGUGUGGCCCAAUUGAUUUUAACCAGCUAGCACCAAGAACCAAGUCAGCUCCAGAAACUGAUAGUAAAAAAGCUAGUAAUUGAAAUUUAACUCCCUGUGCCCGAAUAGUUAACUCGUUAACCAAGCCUUCAGCAGCCAUGUAAUUACCAUUCCCCACCAUGACUCUGAACAUAGGAGCUGGUUCUACGGGUAAUUUCAAGAACUUAGCAAUUCUUGGUUGAAGGAAAUUAUCAGAGUUACCUCCAUCAACCAAAACCUGGACAUGCAGAGAACUAAUGUGUGCAACAAAAUGGAUGGUACCAACACCUGCUCUGCCAUUCAAAGCCUUGAAGGACAAAUGCAAAGUCUCCUCAGUGUCCACAGCUUCAGCUGAAAUAUUGAGAGAUUCCAUUUCUGGUGUCACUACUUCUAACUCCUUUUCAUCCUCUUCCAUUUGUAACAUUAAAUACUGUCUGUUGGGACAUUUAUGAUUGAAAGAAAAUUUCUCAUCACAAAAAUAACAAAGGCCCUUCUCUCUGCGUAGUUGCAUUUCAGCAGGAUUGAUUUUUUUCACAUUGGAAUUUCUAAAAGGAGGUCCUGAAGGGGUGGGUAAUAAUGUAGGUAGGGGCUGGGAAGUGUAAGGAGGUUUCAGAGGGUUUCUGGGAAUAUUAUUCUGGUUAGAAUUGAAGGUAAUAUUGGAAUAUCUAUGGCCCUAUGGUGGGGUUCGAGCAAUAGCAGCAGGGACAUAUUUUUCCUCAAACAAUUUAGCCAGUGACACUACUCUCAAUAAAUUUGUAGGACUCUGAGCUACAACAUCUCGUCUAAUAUCUUUAUUCAACCGAUUAGUGGACACAAAUGAUAUUCCAAAUUCAAACCAAUAGAAAUUCAAAUAUAAUAGAUAUCAUAUAUGAUAUUUUUGUAGAUAUAUGAUGUGUGCUGGUGAGAUGGUACGGGUAGCAAGACAAACAACUAGAAACCGAUUAGUGGACACAAAUCAUAUUCCAAAUUCAAACCAAUAGAAAUUCAAAUAUAGAUAUCGUAUAUGAUAUUUAGAUAAGAAUUAUUAUCUCAAUUAGCCUAUAUAUAUAAUGCUCCUCUAGACUACCACCACAGCAAGCACCGUUCUUUCUAUUCAAGAACAUCUUCUGAGAUGCUGAUAUGCAAGCCAGCAUUCUCUAAUCCUUUCUACCCAUUCUUCCCUCCUUACCCAUUUUAAGCCUUUCCUUACCUCUUUUUAAUUCUCUCUCUCACCACCCUUUCACCACUUCACUCUUUUAAUCUUAUAUAUUAUCAUCUCCUCCCUUUGAAAAUUAAAAAUGUGGCCUCUUUGUCUUGGAGCAUUGCUUAUUAUAGCCAUAACACAUUGGGUUUAUAGAUGGAGAAAUCCCAGUUGCUAUGGGAAACUCCCCCCAGGUUCAAUGGGUUUGCCCCUUCUCGGUGAGACCCUUCAGUUUUUCUCCCCCAACACCUCUUAUGAUAUUUCCCCUUUCAUCAAGAAGAGAAUGGAAAGGUAUGGACCAAUCUUCAAGACCAACUUGGUUGGACGCCCAGUUGUAGUUUCAACAGACCCUGACCUUAAUUACUUUAUCUUCCAACAAGAGGGUCAGGUGUUUCAAAGCUGGUACCCAGACACAUUCAGUGAAAUCUUUGGGCAACAAAAUCUUUCUUCCUUACAUGGGUUCAUGUACAAGUACCUCAAGAACUUGGUGCUCAAUCUGUUUGGUCCUGAAAGCCUUAAAAAGAUGCUCCCAGAAGUCGAACAAACAGCCUGCAGAACAUUAGAGAAGUGGUCGUGCGAGGACUGUGUUGAUCUGAAGGAAGCAACAGCAAGGAUGAUAUUUGAUUUGAGCGCAAAAAAACUCAUCAGUUAUGAUUCAACCAAAUCCUCGGAGAACUUAAGGGACAACUUUGUUGCAUUUAUACAAGGACUCAUCUCCUUCCCUCUGGACGUUCCAGGAACAGCUUAUCACAAAUGUCUUCAGUUUAAGAAGGCUGUAAGCAUUGGAGAAGCUAAGAGAACUUAAAUAGUGUUCUAUGCUUAGUAGGCCAACCCAGAAGCAAAAGAAAAGAUGUCAUCCCAGAAGAUGGGCAUACAAAAAGUAGUUUCUUUUAAU